AUGCCGUCUGCACGUGACGCUCCCGUGAUCGCAGCUUUGGGUGCAGCUGCUGCCAUUGGCUUGGGCAGCGAGACAUUCGUGGCCUCCAAGCCCGUCCAGGCCGAGAGCUCACCAGCCUUGAGGGGUGCUGGAGCUGCAGCUGCAGCAUCUACCUGGGGAGGUUCGAGCAGGACCCUGGCCGCUGGAGCAGUGGCUACUGCUGCGGUGGUAGGGCGCGGAGCGCUGCUGCGUCGUCGGGCUACAGCUGUGAAGAAGAAGGGCGUGCGUGUGGUCGAGGGCAAGGAGAUCCCCUGGAACCUCUUCAGCCCCAAGGCGCCUUACGAGGGCAGCUGCAUUUCCAAGGAGACCAUCACCAGCAAGACGCCUCUGGUGAACUGGGAGACGUGCCAUGUGAUCAUGGACCACGGCGGCAAGGUGCCCUACAUCGAGGGCCAGUCCAUCGGGGUCAUUGCACCGGGCCCGGACAAGAAGGGCGAGACCCCAGCAAAGAUCCGCUUGUACUCCAUCGCCUCCUCCGCGCCCGGUGACGACGAGAGCAGCAAGACGGUGUCCCUGGUGGUGAAGCGCGUUGUGGAGGUGGCCGGACGUGGCUGGUGCGAGUACUCGAACGUCGAAAAGGGAAAGGAUCCUGAGUUCCCGGACGCAGAGAAGGUCUAUCGCGGAGUUUGCUCCAGCCACAUCUGCGAUCUGAAUGCCGGAGAUGACGUUCUCAUCACAGGCCCAACAGGAGCCGAGAUGCUGUUGCCGGAAGAUCCCGAGGCGAACAUGAUCUUCAUGGCUACUGGAACCGGCAUCGCACCAUUCCGAUCCCACCUGCGCAACCUCUUCCACGACAAGGUCUCGAAGGGCAAGUUCAAGGGCUGUGCCUGGCUGUUCUUGGGAGUUCCUUACAGCGAGUCCUUGCUCUACGACGAGGAGUGGAAGGAGAUGCAGGCCGAGUUCCCAGACCAGUUCCGCUACGACUACGCAGUUUCCAGCGAAGAAAAGUCUGAGAAGAACAAAAUCAACGGAGAGAUGUGGGUGCAGCACAAGAUGAUGGAGUACGGCGAGGAUCUGUGGCAGUUGGUCAAGGAUCCCAAAACGCACAUCUACAUGUGCGGCCUCAAGGGCAUGGAGAGUGGCUUCGCGGAGUGCUUCCAGGAGAAAGUUGAGGCAGAGGGCAUGGACUACAAGGAGUACUUGAAGCAGAUGAAGAAGGACAAGCGUUACCACGUGGAGGUGUACUGA